GAAUCUGGAAGUGCUCUUUGACCUGUUGUCGCCUUCCCAUCGCAACGCCCCAACCACCGCUUCCAGUCCCGACAGAGGUUCAAAUUCCGCCCCCUUAAAAAGACGGACGGACGCUUGACGUCUUUCUGUUAUAGGUACGGAAUUCAUCACCUUUCCUACAACCCAUCUUCAUUCGCUCUUCGCGAUCCUAGAUAUUGACUUCUCUUCCUCAGCAGUAUUGGUCCGAGGCAUUCUGCUUUAUACUCCUCUUUUAUACUCGUUUUGGACCUGCUUGAUCGUUGUGCCCUCGAUUGGCCGUCGACCCAAUCCCAUCAUGUCUUUCGCAGACGAGAGUCAAAACUCCGCCCCUGAUAACGCCCCGGCGAGCAAACUCGGCGGCGCAAGGAAGGGCGCUGAACCGGGCCAGAAUGCUGCGAAGAGGUUGCAAACCGAGCUUAUGCAGCUCAUGACCUCGCCGGCCCCGGGUGUGUCCGCUUUCCCUUCCGCCGACGGCAACCUGCUCUCCUGGAGGGCGACCAUUGAAGGCCCCGAAGACACGCCCUACUCGGGGCUUACGUUUAAGCUCAGCUUCGAGUUUCCGUCAAAUUAUCCGUAUGCACCGCCUACCGUGCUCUUCCGGACACCCAUCUACCACCCCAACGUCGACUUCUCGGGCCGCAUCUGCCUCGACAUCCUGAAGGACAAGUGGACCGCGGCAUACAACAUCCAGACCGUGCUGCUGAGUCUACAAUCUCUGCUGGGAGAACCAAACAAUGCAUCUCCGCUGAACGGCGAGGCUGCCGAGCUUUGGGACAACGAUCCCACUCUCUUCAAGACCAAGGUUAUGGACCGUCACAAGGACGUUGAGGACGAUUGAACGGGGCGCGCCGGAUCAUGGGCUUGGCUUUCCUGGGUUGUCAUGGAGAACGGAGUUUGUUUCGAGGCUUUGCACCCCGCGGAGUAUUGGUGCCUGGUUAGGA